AUGUCUGAUGAAGUGGCAGGACUGAAAGGUGCAGUUUUAGACGCAGAAAAGUUCAAAACUACUGCAAAACGAAUACAAGAGCUUAUUGAUGAGAUCAACGCUGCAAUGCUACCUUACUGGCGAAAGGAUGCAAUUCGUGAGCAAUGCAAAACGGCACAGAAAACUUUGGAUUCAUACAAAAAACAAGCAGACGCAGCCGUAGCGGAAAAGUCUCUUGUGGAAAACGGCUUGAAGGCUAGUCAAUGGGUAAACGAAGUUUGCGGUGUUCUCGGAGGACGGGGUGGAGGAAAAGAUGCCAAUGCACAGAACAGGCGAAUGUCUGUUGCAAAUCUUGGAAUCUACGCAAACGGAAAUGCAGAGUAUGCAGAUGUUGUGCAGCGAUCUUUUUUCGUUGUGUUUUUUCCCCAAGUUUCACUCGAUAGUAAGGAUGAGGUAAAAUUCUUAAAACAUCAGUGA